UUUGGCUUUGGCUGAAGGCUGCUCUGCUCUGCUACCCUUGGUUCUCCAUUUCUCCUCCUGCCCCACUCACUCCAUCUCUUUCACCCCACACCGCAAAGCUGAUCAUCUCGCCGUGACUUUAGAUACUUCCGUUCCACCUGUGGACUCAUCAACCUCUCCAUUACGAGUCCUAAUAGUAUGAUUGGCCUACAAGUCUCAUGAGCUAACGUCCAACCGCACGCUUAGAUGGAUUCCAAAGGAGCUUCUUUGCUCGAGAAGCUGAACUCGGACCAACUCGCUAACCUUGCUACUGACCUGCGCGACUACGUAAAGCCACUGCCUGAUCUAUGUCAGCCGCUUGCUGCCACCGAUGCGCAGUUACGAACGCUGACGAAGCGGUUUCUUCCGUUUCUCGUACAGACUACCAAGAUAUCCCUCGCUCGGCUGUCCAGCGCAGCAACAAGUGCUAGCAGCAAGAGUGAUCCACAGACUUCUCAAUGCGCACCGUCCUCUCCCGUCUCUGGGCAGUUGCGCGAGCGAGUUUAUGUCUGGCUGGACGUAGCACGAGUUUCGAUACACGCGUUUCACAUUCUCCGGAACGCUUUGACGAGCAGCUCAGGAUACCAGAACGAGCGGAAUCGCAACGCCCUCGUCCACCGACUGCUAACCCUAAAACUUCCGCAGGAUGGAGCAGAAGAAGGCUGGACUUUUUUGCAGUCCAUGGCGUGCAUUCUUGAAGGAAACACUUCGUUUCGCGUGAUCCUCGGUGAUCCACCGUCGUCUCAUGCCCAAGGGAAACCUCGCAGGACGACAGUCGGUGACCUCAACAACUGUGACAACGACGUCGUUCUUGCCUUGAGACCGCCGAACCAGGAAGACACGAGUGAGCUGAAGACGCUGGUCGUUGGUGCUUCCGUUAACUCGAUAUCUUGCAUCGCCGACGUCAUUACCGCUGGUGCUGCUGCUGCCUCUCUGCCUGCGGUUAAUGCGGAAUCGCAGGAAUCGACACGCCGCGCGACACUGUGGUUGAAGCGUCUGCCAGAUCUCUUGGCGAAGAUAAUUCCAUGGCUGCGCGCGCAGGAUGGGGAUGAACGGUUACGAAACGGCCAGAUUUUGGUGCGCGGCCUCUCUCAGAUUCUGACGGCUCUGCUUCCCCACGGAAAGGCGCUCGGAGUGACGUCAUCCCAAGUCAUGCAGCUGGUGGUGGUGAUGGUUCAGAGCGGCGUGGAGUUUUGUGACGCGCGGAGACUGAUAGCGUUUCUGAACAAGGUCACCUCUGCCGCGGUUGAGAAAGGGCAUGAAUCGAUGGCCAGGGCCAUGUGGGAGCAGGCACUCACCAUUCUGCUGCAGCCAGCUUCGAAGAUUGCGAAGUCUGGCUUCUCCACAGUCUGCCCCCUGAUGGUGGCACGAGCGUGUGCGGUGGCGAGCUAUGCGUCACAGGCAGUGGACCAUGGGGCAUCAUGGCACGCACACCAGUUUCUCCAGCACCAGCUCUCACAUGUCAAGUCAGGAAGUGCCCUAGCUAGCAUCUUGGCUGCAGUCUGCGCCACUCUGCACCUCUCAACCUCUUACUCCAUCAACCGAGAGUCUUCCAGCAAUACUAAGCCACCACAAGGGGGAAGCGAUAGAGUCAACGGCAGAACUGAAGAAAGCAGGGAGGAAGAGGCGGAGAAGAUUGCGGGAGCAGUCCAAGGGGCAGUGGCAGGGGUAAGAGUGCAGCUGGCUGGGUUGGGGAAAGACGGGAAUGGAGGGAAGCGAGACUCGGAGGAGGGAAGUGAGAAGGAGCGAGCGGUAGCACUGUGCCACGUGCUGGAGUGUGUGGAGUUAGUGGUUACACCGUUCGCGCAGCAGCAGUGGCAAGAGGAGAUGGCACGCCAGGCGAAGGCAGCAGCAGGGGGGACAUCCAGAAGGAAGGGUUCCCAGCGGCUCUGGGCGUCACUGCAAGACCUGCUGCUCUGUGUGGUGCCAGCUUCUGCAGCAUUCCAAAAGCUGGCUGCUUCCGACCCUGACUUCCAGUACCUGUGCCAGCUCCGCUCAGCUGCAUCUGGCUCACUCGCUGCCUACCGCCUGGCCUUGCUCUCGCCCCAUGCGGAGAAGAGUGCGGCAACACAGCAGCUGAGGUGGCUGCUGGUGGUUCCGCAGAAUGGGGUGGUGGAGGAGAGGGACAGGGAGUGGAUGCAGUGCGUGGUGUACAACAUGGGUGUGCACUUCUACAAUGCCAAUCGAUAUACAGAGGCCGUAGAACCGCUUUCAAUCGUAUUUGCAGCCAUCAAGGCGUCACCGGCCAAGCCCAAGCCAGAGCAGCAGGAGAAGGAGAAGGAAAAGGAGUGGGCGAGGGAGGUGCUACAGCAGUGUGCGCGCUGCAACCUGCUGGCUCAAUCCCUGAGGCGUGCAGGCCAGCUGGAGGAGGCACAGCAGGUGCUGGAGGAGGGGCUCAGGCGGUGGGGGACGGAGCGGGUGGGGAAGGAGGGCAAGGAGGAGGGUGAUGGGCAGCUUGACGGGCCUGCAGCGCUGGCGCAACAGUGGGGGAAGGUGCAAGCAUCGAGGAUGAAGGCGGGGAAGGCACAUGUCCCUCUGCACGCCAUCAAGGGCAUGACCAGCGACCCAGCAGCCCUGGAAGGGCUGAUCAUGCAGGAGCUGUCAGCAUAUGAGGAGUACGAGCCGUGUGCACAGCAGCAGCAGCGCUGCCUGGCAGCCCGCAUCUCCGUCCUUCACCACCUCACAGCACACGUCUUUGCACACAGCCCUCGGUGGGCCCUGCACCGCGCUGCCGCCAUGCUGGAACGUACCCGCUGCCUGCGCCUGCUCUCCCCUGUGGGGAGUGCUGCUUCUGCUGCUGCGGAUUCUGCUGCUACGGGCAAUAGCGCAGGGAAUGGAACAGUGCAUGAGAACGGGCCGGGGACGGACGGGGAUUCCACAAGGGAGAGUCGGAUUUGGGGCGGGCUGAAUGGUGCUAUUGACCUGAUGGAAGUCGAGCUUCAGAAGAGAAGCAGCGCCCUGUGUGGCAACUCCAAGGGAAAGGACGCUCUCACGUUGCUUGCGAGCUGGCUGCGGCUCAGGGAGAAGAAGGAGCAGAAGGACAGCAAGGGGGGUGCUGGAAACGCAUGCAUGGCGGCUGGUGAAGUGGGAGUGCGCGAGGUGCAGGAGGUGCUGCGAUGCUGCGCUGCUGCUCUCAGCCAGAGGGGCAUGUUCACGUACGAGAUGCUGCCAGGCAACCAGGCGGCAUGGAAGGAUCUCAUCAGAGCGCUGAAGCUCUGGAGCAUGGCACUGCAGCUGUCUCCACCGCCUUGGCCAGCGUCCUCCCUGCUUUCGCGAGCCUCUGAGAGCCAACUGCUGACGUCAGUGAUGGACCUUCUGUCGCUCCAGGCAUCCUCCCACCACCUCAUGGCUCGCCAGCUGGCCCUACGCCUGGCAUCCUCAGUGUGCAAUGCAUCUGCCUCUGCCUCUGCUGACACUGCACAGCAGCAGCAGAGUGCUGAGAGGGAAGACCGAGCAGAGCAUUACUAUAAGUUGUUUGGAAAUGCUCGGCUGUCACACAUGCUCUGCUCGCUUGCUCUGCCCUCUGACCUGCCUGUUGCAACUGCCUUGCAUGGCACGAGUGGCAAAGGUGGCAAUCUUGGCGGCACAGGGAAGGGGUCUGGAAAGGAGGACAAGGGGGAGGAACUGUGGGGCCCAGGGAGUGGGGAAUGGUCGAUUCUGAAAGCAGCAGUGGCGUUGCAGGUGGGAGGUGGUGAGGGGGAGCAAGUGGAGCAACGGCUGAGCAGCAUGCUGAAGAGUCUAAACGACGAGGAGCCCAAGACGGUUCGGAUCAUUGCCUUCCAGAGCGGGCUGCACUUCCUGCUGGCGCACCAUCACAUGGCACGCGGUCACGCAAUCAAGGCCUUCCAUCAUGCCGCAGAGGCGUACAGGUGGCGCCUUGCUGCCUUCUCCCACGUCUUCACCCCAGCCUCCCGUGAUGCUCUCACUGCAGCCACUGACGCGGCCAUGCCUGCCCACUCUGCGGCCACCUCCGCUGCACCUGCUGCUUCCGCAGCUGGUUAUGCUGCUGAUAGAGAAGGUGCCGCUGCUGGAGCAGCUGCUGGUGCUGGCUCUAGUGGAACCUUUCUGACUGCGGCCACCUCCGAUGCCUCCCUCAUCACAUAUGUGACGGCUCAGGACGGCUCCUUUGCCACCACAGCCACCACCACCACAGCCACUGCCAUGACUGCUGCAGGUGGGGCUGAAGGGGAGUCUCAGAAGCAGCAGCAGCAGCAGGGGGGAAAGAAGCACGUGCCUGGGCUUCAGCACAGGCCGCAGGAGGGGGAGCAUCUGGUGGCGACGUAUGAGGCAACGCGGGACACGUGGCCUGCGGUGGUUGGUGGGGGUGCUAAGCGGCAGGCGGGCACGCAAAGCAGUGCUUCUCCCAGCCCGUGGAGGGUCGUGGCUGACUAUGUGGAUAGCUUGCACCAGCUGGGGAGCGUGUUUGAGCAGCUGGGCAUGUCGGAAGAGGCGGAAAGGCGCUUCACAGAAGGCCUUCUCAUCACCCGCACUCUCGCUCUCCCCCAUGCCGAAGGCCUCUUCUCCUCCUCCCUCGGCCAUCUCAACCGCAAGCGGAGGAACUGGCACAAGGCCCAGCAGCAUCUCUCCCACGCGGCUGCUCUGCUGCAUGCUGCUCCCACACAUCCCUCACACACGCACCCCCUCGCCAAGGCUACCUGCCGAGGCUGUGCUGCCAUAGCUGAGUCGAAUCUGCAGCAGAGGCUUGGGGACUUGGCUCGGCGCAGAGACGACCUGGAAGGUUGUGGGGCUCAAGGGGUGAAGGGCGGGCAGGAGAACACAGAGGAGGAGGAGGUAAGCUCUGCUGUGAGACCAUCGAGGAGAGGAGAGGGCAUGGGCGGAAAGCGAGGGAAGAAUGGUGGAGGUGGGAGUGGGGAUGGUGACGGGUGGGAGGUAGCGGUUGAGUACUAUAGCAGGGCUGAGAGGGUAGUGGGGCAGUUGGUGCCUUGGUAUGGCGAGUUGCGGCGGGAGUUUGAAGGGCAGGUGGAGGGCUUGAUGGGGGAAGGAUGGGUCGCCAGUGACGAGGUGGCGGAGGGGGGGGAUGAGGAGAGGGGUGGAUGUUUUGGUAGUGAAAGUGUGGGAGGAAGGGAGGCGGAAGAGGAGGACAAGGGUGAUGUGCUGCCGUGCAAGCUUUUUAUGAGGUUUGAAGUGGAAGCGCAAGAGGAGAAGGGGUGCGAUGCGAUGGAGAAGGAUGGUGAAGGAGGGAUUGCGGGGAAGGGAGAGUCAGUCGAUGGCUAUGAUGCGGCAGGCGAGGAGGAUGAGGAGAAGACUGCAGGGAAGGGAAGGGAAGGGAAGAAACCAAAAGCUCCAGGGAGGAAGGCGUUGGGCGAGCUCCCGGAGGAGAAUGGAAUCACUGCAGAUGGUGCUGAGACGGCGAAGAAAGGGGAUGCGAAAAUUGGACGAAGGGGGUCUAAAGCGCAGAAGCCAGCAGAUGAGAGUGCAUCAGUGGAGGUUGGCGCUGCUGGGGAGGUUGGAAAGUUGAGUCAGAGGAAGUUACCAGGAAAGGUGAAAGCAAAGGGGAAAGCACGUGGGAGUGAGAGUGAGAGGGGGAAUGGAGAAGACGCGGAGGGGAGAAGAAUGAGCACACACAGCAAAGCCAUGGGUGUGGGGAGAAGAGGAAGCAGGGCAAGUGGGACAGGUGGGGGGCGACGCAAUACCGCAUCUAGCGAGGCAGGGGACAGUGCUGCUGGUUUAGACAGGGAGGAUGAGGAUGUUAUUCAGCUGAUUGAUUCAGAUGAUGACGGGGAUAAGAGUGGAGCAGAGGAGGAUGCGGGGUCGAAGCCAACUCGUGGGAAUGCUGCAACGCAGCAGGUGAAGCCCGGUGCAGGGCAUAGGCAAAAGAUGGCUGCAGCCGAGGGGAGUGAGGUUGAAGAGACGGGAGCGAAAGCAGGGGGGCGAAGGCAAGGAAGGAGGGGUAAUGCACAGGUCAAGAAACGAACAUCAACUACCAGUGUAGGGGAUGUGGGUGGAAGUUCACUCUCCACUGUUACUACUGCUGCUCCAACAGGUGGCCGGCAGAGGAAGGUCAAGGCUCCAAUAGAGGUGGUGUCGCUGCUGAGUGACGAGAGCUCCAGUGAUGAAAGCGAUGGUGACGCAAAGAAAGGUGAUGAAAACGAGGUGAGCAGUAAGAAGACUCCUGCAAUCGUCAGGAUUGGAAGGACAACAACUCGUAGGGCAGCAGCAGUGGCGACACCAGCAGCAGCGGCAGCAGUGGCGACAUCAGCAGCAGUGGCACGUGGUGUCAGGCGUAGGGCAGGGGUGAAAGCAGAGAAGAAGCAGGACAAACAGACGGAGGAGGAUGAGGAGGAGGAAGAUGACAUGUCAGGUUUGUUUGGUUCAUGCCAAAAGCGCCUUCCGAAACGAUCCGUGCUCGCGUCAGCAAGGAGGGGGAGGAGGCGGCAGGUGGUGGAGGAGGAGGACAGCAGUGAUGGAGUGGAGGAGUUUUUUAGUCCCGUGGAGAUAGCACGGGGUGCGGAUGGGAGACAAGGAGGAGUGGAAUUGAGUGAGAGCGGGAGGGGGUGGGGAGUAGGGGUGAACGUUGGACGGGAGUGGAGUUGGAGAGCUGAUGAAAGGAGGGCGACGGGUGGUGGGAAGUGUGAUGGAGAGUGGUGGGGUAUGGGAUGGGCAGGGUGGCAGCUGCAGGAGGAAGCAGCUGGUGCAGGGGAGGAGCAUGAACUGGUGAAGGCAGGGUGGAUGGCUGCUGCUGUGGAGGCACUGGUGGCUUCUCUGCUCUCACAAGCGCGCUGCCACAUGGAAGCUUGCAGUUGGUCCGUGGCAGGCCAUCUUCUCCGCAAGGCCCUAGCAGUGGUUGCCAGGAGCAGCAGCACCUCGCUGCAUGCCCCUCCAGCUCUCCAUUUCACGGCCUGCUGCUCACUCCCCUCCGCCACAUCCCCGCCUCUCACCUCCUGCCCCUGUAGCGAGCCCUUGUUUGAAGGAGUGGUUUCAGUAGGAAAGACGAGGCUCCCUCAGUCAGAGCUGCAACGGCAAGAGCAGGGGGAGCAUGGGGAGCAAGGGUGGGUGCAGGACGUGCAGGUGUGCUGCCAGCAGCAGGCGAGCAGUCCUCUGGUUCGCGCUGCCCUGCUGCUGAAUGUGGCCCGGCUGUCGCUGCUGCUGCUGCACAGACAGGACGGGAGGCAAGACGAGGGAGUGGGGAGGUGGGAGGGGUUGAAUGUGGGCACAGUGACGCACUGGCUGCUGCAUGCUGCUGCUCUUUCCUCCGAGGCUCCUCUUCUCUUCCGCAAGGUCUCGCAUCUCAUUGCCACUGCCUGUGCCACUCCUCUGACCGCCACCCAGCGCAACCACGACCCAUCGCACCCCUUGUCCCUCGUGCACCACAUCUCGCAUCUCCGUGCCCUCUGCUCCUCAACAUGCCACCCUGCUGCCCCUGAGACGCCUCAAAUGCGCCACUCUGCUGCUGCUGCUGCUGGUUCAUCAGCAUGCGCACUGCCACCAUGUAUCUGCGACCCUGCUCUGCUGGGUGCGCUCUUCCACGCCGCUGCAGUGGGUGCCACCAGCCGCAUGCAGCACAUGGCACAGCUCAUGUCGCAGCAGGGGAGGCAGGGCGAGGGGAAGGCACAAGGCCAAGAGGCUGAUGGGGGCUUUAAGCCUGGGCCUGUGGUGCAGGAGAAAAUGCUGGAGGCACUCAGGCUACCCAUGUGCCCUCACCCGCUACACCUCGCCUCCUCCCUGCGCGCCUUCCAGCGGCACAUCAGCCGCCUCCCCCCCUCGUUCCCUGUGAUCCACCUGAGUGCUCUUGAGGGCGCGCCACACGCCCAUGGGGGCAUGCUGCCUGCAUUCCAGGGCCAGCCAAAGUCCAAGAGUGUGGGGAAUGGCAGAGCUAAGAAGGAGGCGUCUUGUUUGCUGCUGACUCGCGUUGCUGCUGGUUCUCCCCCUCUGCUACUGCUCGUACCUAGCACUGCUGCUGACGCUCCAUCUGGUACCGCUGAUACGGCUGUUGCCACUGCUGCUGGUGGGGCAGCGCAGACCAAAGUGGGAGGUGGGAGUGAGUGUGAGGAGGCAGGAGAGGACAGCUGUGUGGAGGAAGGGCAGGGAAGUGCUAAUGGACCGAGCAAGAAGGCAGGGAGAGGGCGAGGGAGAGGGAAGGCAGGGAGCAAGGGAGCUGCGGGUGCUGCAGGGAGAGGAAAGGAGGGCGGGAAGAGGGCUGGUGGGAAGGCAGCUGCAGUGAAGGGGAAGUUAGCAAGAGGGAAGAAGGGCACGCAGGUGGAUGAAAUUGCAUCGGGUUCUUCCUCGCCCUACUCCUCGCCCGUCUCUGCUGCUUCCUCCUGUGAGUCUGAAUCUUCCUGUGUCCGCGACAGGCCUACCCGGCACGACCCCACAGCACACCACAGGACUGCAGCUGCUACUGCAGCAGUGGCUGCAGCAGCCACAGCAGCAGCAGGGAGGGUGAUUGCUGGGGGGAGGGAAGGUGUAUCCCUAGCAGCAGGAACAGAGGGGCAGCAGGACGGAGGGAGGGAGGGGGAGGAGGAGAGGCGGACGCAGAAGGUGCAGUGGAUUGAGGGGCCGAUGCAGCAGGUGAGGAGGGAGUUUGAGGCGAUAAUGACAGAGAGCUGUGCGUCCAUGGCAGCGGGGGCCAGUGCGGCGUCGAAGGAGAGCAAGGCCGCUUGGUGGAAGUGGCGGCUGGCACUGGAUAAGCGCCUGCAGGCCUUGGUGAGAGGCGCGGAGACACAGCUGUUGGGGCCAUGGAGGUUCCUGCUGCUCGGACAGCCCAUGGAAGGUGGUGCUGCCGCUGCUGACACUGCUGCUGAUGGUGGUUCUGGUGAUGCCGGUGCUGGUCAUUGUGAUUCGCUGGCUGCUGUGUUGUCGGCAGCAGGGCGAGAUCUUGCUCUGGUAGCUGGGCUUUCGUCCAGUGCUGGUGGGUGUGGAGAAGGAAGGAGUGUGACGGCGGGGUGCAAGAGUGCGAGUGAGUCUAUCAGGUGCAGCUGCAAUGACCCUGUGUGUUCACUGUUCGCCACACAGCAGUCCCUGCAGCACCGCCGUGCUGACUUCCUCAUUCACCUGCUCUUCCAAACUGCCUCUGCUGCUGGGCUAACUCAUACAGCUCCUACCACAGCCGCUGCUGCUGCUGCUGCGGCUGCUACCUCAUCAGCCGCCUCUGCAGCUACCUCUGCUGACCCUCCUCCAGUGUCCUUUUCCCUGGACGAGCUCACAGCAGCUGCUCACCAGGCACUAUCUGCGAUGCUGGUGGUGGGAAUUGGGGGAGGGCUCAUGUGUGGGAGAGCGGCUGCAGCUGUGAAGGCCCAGGGUGAGGAGAUGAGACAGAUCGUUGACAGGGCGCUCCAGGGAGCAGCAGCAGUUGUUUCUGCAGGUGGAGCUCAGGGAAGGUGUGCUGCUGGUGCUUCUGGUGCUGGUGGUGCCACUGUGAGGCGUGCUUGUGGUGGGAAUGGGGGGAGAGGUUCGAAGAAGGGAGGAGAGAAGAGCAAUGAAGGGGGGGAAGGGAAGGGGAUGGUGCAGUGGCAGCCGGUGCAACUGAUUCUCGACAGUGCCAUACAGGCCAUGCCAUGGGAGGGGCUGCCCUGUCUGGCCCAGCAGCGCAUCUACCGCCUGCCAUCCUUCGCCUCCCUGCUCUCCCUCCUCGCCCACCACCAGCACCACCAGCAGCAGCUCCUAAGCCUGAGCCCUGCUGCUCUGCCUGCUAAGCACCAGCAGACGCACAAGGGGAGGAGCAGAGGGGACAGGAAGCAGGGUGGAGUGGUGGGAGGCUGUGGGAAGGAGGGGCGGGACGCAGAUGGGCAGGUGCAAGUAUGUGUGGACGCUAAGAGCACGUUCUACCUGCUCAACCCGUCUGGCGACCUCAAGUCCACUCAGGGCACGUUUGAGGCGUGGUUCAAGAAACAGCCCACCUGGAAGGGCAAGGUGUGUGAUCCGCCGUCAGUGGAGGAGUUUAUGAAGGCACUGGAGCACUACAGCCUCUUUGUCUACUGCGGCCAUGGCAGCGGCGAGCAGUACCUGCACCGCUCGUACCUCAAGAAGCUCUCUCGCUGCGCGCUCUCCCUCCUCAUGGGUUGCAGCAGCGCCCACCUGUCCCCACGCGGAGACUACGAGCCCCUGGGCGUGCCCCUCAGCUACCUCGCUGCGGGCUGCCCCGCUGUAGUGGGGAAUCUGUGGGAUGUGACGGACGGGGAUAUUGACAGGUACUCGCAGCGGGUGCUGGAGAGCUGGGUGGGGAAGUCUGGGGUGGUGGGGAGUGGGGGUGGCAUGGGGAAAGGGGGUAUGCGUGGGUGUGGGGUGUGUGAGCGUGAGGUGGAGUUGUGUGAGGAGGAGAGGGAAGGUGGGGAGAAGGAAGGGUCUGUGUUGGUGCUGCCGCCGUGCAAGUGCGUGUGUGUGGGAGGGACGGUGGCGGAAGCUAGGAGCGUGUGCAGGCUGCGGCAUCUGAUUGGCCUUGCUCCUGUGUGCUAUGGCGUGCCGUGCUCCCUUCAACAAGCAAAACCCGUGUGAGGGCGAUAAGUGCUGCACCAGUGUUACCAGUAACCUGUCCUUGGGCCGUGGAUCAAUGCCAUAACAUUCUUGCUGUCACUCUAUAAUGUGUGCAAGCUUGUUCCGCUGUACAUGGAUGUACUGUACCUCUAAUGUGUUGUGAUAGAAUCGUACUUCAGCAUUUGUGCAAGUAGUUCCGAUCAGGGCCUCAGAUUGCAUGCUUUUUACCCUGAUUCAGGGUAAAAUCAGGGCUCUUAUGGGGGGUGACCCUGAUGAGACAGGAUUUUUUUUAAACAGAGG